AUAAGGUGUGACUGAGUGGCGGCGGAGUGAACUUGUGAGGACGAGGAGGGCGAGAGAGGGAGCUGUGCUCUCUUCCCCUCGCCGAACAUUAUUACUCUGCUCUAACGUCGCCCUUUGGGAUUUAUUUGGUUUUAGUCUAGCGGCAAGAGGAUCCUGCUCGGGUUUAUCACCAUUCCUGUGGACUAUAGCAGCCGACAUGGACUCCCGCAUAAAGUUCAUCUUGUUCUCCGGCUUGUGGUUCGGAACGGCAGCGGAGUUUGACGGCAGGUGGGCGAGGCAGAUGGCGCCGUCCAACGGGCUGUGUCGAUACGGCGACAGGGUGAACUGCUGCUGGGGAUGGAUGCCCGGCCCGAGGGGGCAGUGCCAACCGUCCGUCUUCUUAACCCACAGGCUAGUCGGGAUAAGGUGCCCCAAGCCCCAAGCACUGUGCCAGCCGGGCUGCAAGCACGGAGACUGCGUGGGACCCAACAAUUGCAAAUGUCACGCUGGGUUCACUGGCAAGACCUGCAAUCAAGAAGAACAGCCGGCAGACUAUUUCACUCCUCCCAUGUGGUCCAGUCUGCUUCCUAUAUUUCUACCUGUGGACCAUCAGCCGGCGACUGUAGUCUUGCAGGGUGAGAUCUCUGCCCCCCCUGUUUGGAGAGACCUGAACGAGUGCGGACUCAAGCCUCGGCCCUGUAAACACAGGUGCAUGAACACCUACGGCAGCUACAAGUGCUACUGCCUCAACGGCUACAUGCUGAUGCCUGACGGGACCUGUGGAAACCUUCGCAGUUGCGGCAUGGCCAACUGCCAGUACGGCUGCGAGGUGCUAAAAGGAGAGGUCCGAUGUCAAUGUCCGUCACCGGGGCUACAGCUGGCUCCGGAUGGCAGAACCUGCGUGGAUGUCGACGAGUGCGCCACUGGGCUCGCAGUCUGUCCACGGUGCAGGAAGUGCAUCAACACCUUCGGCAGCUACAUCUGCAAGUGCCAUGAUGGCUUCGACCUGCAGUACAUCAAGGGGAAAUACCAGUGCAUCGAUGUGGAUGAGUGCUCUUUGGACCCGAGUCGCUGCAGCAGCUUGGCCACCUGCUACAACACCAGGGGCUCGUACAAGUGCAAGUGCAAGAACGGCUACAGGGGGACGGGCCACGACUGCAAACCCAUUCCCAAAGUGGUCAUCAAGCCUCCCAGACCGGGCGUGUUCCCCCCGAGCCAUCACAACCACCUCCCCGACAUCGACCAGAGGAGGACCACCACCACCCUGCGCCCAGUGGUAACGAUGUUUUUCCCCGUCGCCCCCAAAACGACGACCGUCGCCACGACGACGACCACUGUCAGAGCAACGCCACCUCCGGCGAGGGCUACUCCGCCUCCACGCAGGACACCGCCUGCUACAAAGAAGCCCUUCGUCCCCACCAGGAGGCCGCCCGCACCCACAAGCAAGCCCUACGUCUCUCCAAGGCCGGUGGUCCCGACCAGGCGGACCCCGGGUGUUACAACUGUGGACAACAGCAUCCACAAGGCCACCAAGCACAGAGGAGACGUCUAUAUUCCGCCGCACGGUAAAGACGACAUGCUGGUGGACUACGAGAUCUUGCUUGGCGACGAGGAUGAGCAAGUUAACGAUGAAGCCGAUUCAGGCUUCCUGAGCUGCUCCUUUGACGACGGCCUUUGUGGCUGGAUCACAGACCAGGGCGGAGACGUGCACUGGGAGACGACGCCUGACCCGGCAGGCGGUCGCUACCUGACCAUACCAGAAGUGGGCAGCAAGAGGACGGGACGCGGGGCGAGGCUGGUCAUCCCCUUGGCCCCUCCCUGGAACGAGGGCAACCUGUGUCUGACGUUCCGCCACAAGCUGGCCGGCCACCACGUGGGCAUGCUGCAGGUGUUCGUCAAGAAGGGGACGCAGUACAAUCCUUCCGUGUGGGGAAGUACGGGUGGAAACCGAUGGAGGCACACCCAGAUAACGCUGUGGGGGAUGGGCCUGGAGAGCGUGGUGCUGAAGGGCGAGCGCGGGCGGGGCAGAAGCGGCGAGAUGGCGUUGGACGACCUCUCCUUGAGCAAAGGCUCCUGCACGGACGACUUUCUCGCCCCGAAGCGGAAAAAAAAGUCAUCUCAAUGAGACAAGGUGACGUUUGUUUUCGCCUCACUGGCGCCCCCUUGCUGCCGACACAGUGAACAACACGCCACUGAAGACUGAACUCACAGCAGCAUGGGGGCCGCCUGCUUCUGUGUGGUUGCCAUGGAGACACCAAGGUACAUCAGUUUUUUUACUUGCUGUUCUGAUCUGCGACGCCUGACAAAAGACAACUCGGUCCCCAAAAGUAAGAUCAGAAGAAUCAUGUUGACAUUUUACGAGGAACAAGGUUCAAAGAAAAAGUGCUAAAAAAUUAAGAAAAGUGCUAAAUUCUAAAACUGCUGAGAUAAUGCAGGAAUAAAGUCACAUUUAGAAAAUAACUUAACACGAGAACAAGGUUGAAAUAUUAAGACAAAGAGUUGGACCUUUAGCGGGAAUACAGAUAAAAGUAGCGAUAUUGUGGGAAGACAAAGUGUGUUCAUUUACGCGAACAAAAAUAUAAUUUUAAAAGGAAACAAGUGGGCACAUAAUUUGAAUUAGAAGACAAGGUAAUAUUACAAGUAUGCUGUUUUUAUGACAAAAUGUUGUUAUUGUGGAAUAACAUAAAUUUACGAUAAAACAUUAUGAGAACCAGGUUAAAAUUUAAAUACAUAAAAGAGCUACAGCGGGCAUAAAGUCGUGUGUUCACGAUGAAAAGUAACAUGGGAAUAAUGUUGAAACUUCAAGACCGAGGAAGUUGAGCUAUAAAGUAAUAUUUACCAUUAAAAGAGGUCACACACAAUUUAAGGUGGAAAUUUUAAGAAAGAAAAGUUGGGAUGUAACGGGAAUAAAUUAAUGUAUUGACCAUAAAAUGUAACAUGGUUGAAAUUUUAAUACAAAAGACAGUUUGAUCAGAAAUAUUCACAAUAAAAGGUAACAUAAUAUAAAGUUGAAAUUUUAGGCAGGAAUAAAGUUGUAUAUAUACAAUAAAACGUAACAUUAUGAUGAGUUUAAAAUUUUAUUACAAAAGACAGUUUGAUCAGAAUAAAGUUGCAUUUUCACAAUAAAAGGUCACAUAAUAUAAGGUUUAUAUUUUAGGACUAAAAAGUUAGGCUGUGGCAGGAAUAAAGUUGUAUAUUUACGAUAAAACGUAACGUUAUGAUGAGGUUAAAAUUUUGGGACAAAAAAAGCUGACCUAUAGUGCGACAAAGUUGCAUAUUUACAAUAAAAAGAUGUCAAAGGACAAUAAGGUUGACAUUUGAGCACAAAUGGGCUGUAAAGUGAAAUAUUCACAAUAAAAUGUAACAAUAUGAAAAUAGGGUGGAAAAGUAACGAGAUUCUGGAUCAAAUUUUGGGAAGUGUACACAGUUAUAAACUUGCAAUUCUACAUGAAAAAAAAAAACGGACUUUACUGGAAGUAAUAUGUUUUUUUUACAUGACAAAGUAAUAUUAGGACGCAAGUUAGAACUUUGAUGGAAAAACAUUAUGUUACGAUAAAACAGGAGCGAUCGUUUUCUUUUGACGCUAAAAAGUAAUACGAGAAAGCAUUUGACAAGAUUACGCCGGAAGGAAGGCGUUUUCACAAGAAAGUCAUUUUGUGAGGAUAAAGCUGCUCUCAGUUUUAGGAGACAAAGUACCGUAUUUUUCGGAGUAUAAGUCGCACCUGCCAAAAAUGCAUAAUAAAGAAGGAAAAAAACAUAUAUACGUCGCACUGGAGCCCGGCCAAACAAUGAAAAAAACUGCGACUUAUAGUCCGAAAAAUACGGUAAUAUUACAGCCAAGUUAGAUAUUUACGAGGCGUAAUGUUACGCAAGAAAAAGAGUUCAGCAUGUUGAUUAAAAUCAAAAUUCUCUUCUUUUCUUUUUUACAAGUAGCAAUAUCGUUGGAAUUGAAUCAACAUUUGUAGGACAACAAAUAUAUUAUUGCAAGGGCAAAACCAAUAAAGAAAAAAAUAACUUGGGUAUUUAUUCUUGCAUUAUAAUCAGUUAUUUUUGUAAAAUUGCAACUUUUUGUGAUCUCACUGGCUUAUAAAAAAAUUAAAACACAUCAUUUUAUCAGCAAUAUUCCGAUACUUUUGAUCAAUUAUUUUUUUUAUUUAUUGGUCAAAUGUACUUGUCGUAAAAGUACAUCAAUCCAAUACAUCUCAGCUUCUGUCUUGCAAAAUGAGGACUUUGUACUUCACAAAAUGCUACUUUUCCCAAUUAUAAUUACAACUAAGUCUAUUUAGUACCUUUAUUUAGUUUUUUUUCACAGUUUCUGUCUAUGAAAACACUCCACACUUAUUUUUCAUAAAUACUCCAUUUUUAUUUUACGACUUAGUUAUCCAGUCACAGACAAGUCUACAGCUUUUAUAAACUGUACUCCACGGUUGUCCAAUGAAAAGCGGCUAUUUCCACAUUUAGUGAGUUUUUAAAAAGAACAACAACUCAGAAAAUAUGAAGAUUUGCGGUUUUGCAUUGGACAGCGACGGUGGCUGUAAAUGUAUUUGUGUGUACAUACGCUCAUGUUGUGUGCUUUUCAAAUUGUUAAAUAACACAAAAACUCCACUGUUGUAAUGCACCAUGCAUACAUGUGUUAUAAAUACAGGGUCUGUGUUGUGCUUCACGACGCUCCCUUCAACCUGUAAAGCACAUGUACUGUAUGCUGCAUUGAUGAUGAUGAUGAUGAUGAUGAAGGGUUUUUACGUUUGUUUGUGAUAUGCAUGAAAACAUUCAACAUAUUCAAAUUAGCACAAAUGCAGAAUGUAAAUAAAAUAUGUUUGACACACAUAAUAACUUCAUUAGU